UUGAAGUAUAGGACCGUACCGAACAAGUUAGCAAGGUUAAGUACGCAUUUAAUAGAGUUGAUUUUUUUAUAGUUAUGCAAAUAUGUAAAUAUCAGAUCCUCGUUCAGUUAUAUAAUGAUUUAUUGAUAAUACCAUCUUGAAUUAGGAAAUGUCUGUUUCUGGUCUGAAAACAAUACUGAUCAUGUAAAAUCUAUUUAUACAGCAUGGCUGUUGAAGAGGAUAAAGUCCAAGCUAAGGGCUACGACUUAAUUGCAGGGCAAGUUUAUCUGCUUAUGAAGAAAGACUACCAUGUAUCGAGAAACGUCAGGUUACAGUGGUUCUUAGAACAUAUUAAUUCUACAGUUACUGUCGAUGAUCCUAUACAGAAACAUGGAGAAGAAGUGAUUGUUUUAUCAAUCGUUCCACUGGACCCACCGUCAGAAUGGAACUACGAAUCUAGUCACCUUUACCAUUAUUUAGUCACUUCUGCAACUGAAAUUAUAUGUCUUAGUGAGUCGUAUAGUGCUGUUUUUUGUUUAGAUAUGAGCCCUUCUAUCUCAACUGUGGAUAUCCAACGGGGUCGUGUGAUGAUUGAUGAAAUUCUUAUUUCACUCAGGAGAAGUGUGGAGGGCUUCAUCAAUUCUUUCCGUAUUCCUGGAUCCACAAGAUAUUUUGAGCCGAUAGUGUUCGCGACUGUGAUAGUACAUACUCCAUUUUUCACCACUCCUGCACAGCAGGUUCUUGUGCAAGGAUGGAAAUUGACCAAAGUGAAUGUUGUCGAAUUUUUGUCAGCGAUUGAGAAGCAACUACAAUUACUGGAAGACAAUAUUGCCCAUGUGUCAGGUCUCGUACAUGAUCAAUUAGCCGAAGUUAGACAGAGACAGUUUACCAUUGGAAGAAAAUGGGAAAUACAAGCAUUCCUGAUUUCAGCUGAUCGCGUGUUUUCUGAAGUGGGCCACGUGGUCGCACUUUCAUUAUUGCAAUUUGUGCUGGUGCUUUCUGAAAAUGACAGGAAUAUUAAAUCGCGGUAUGGGAUGUUAGCGUUGCGACUUCUACCUCCAAGCAGUUGUCCUAAUUUGGUGGUGAUCACCGACGGAAUGAUCACCCUGCCAGACAUCCAUGUGCUCGAUUCGGUGCUAAGUCAACUGCGCAACAAUGCAGUGGCUGUAUCCUUCCUGCAUGUGGGCAGUCAGUUCCAUCCGCACUGCGCGCUGGGUUUGGUUCCCUAUGUAGAACUCAUGCAGUUCAUUGCAUUGGCUACUACCGGCUCCUAUAUUCCAUCACCACCUGCCGUUGUAUUUCCGGAUAUGCCAGGAAAAAUGAAUAUUUACCAGAUAUCCUUUCUGACUUGGUCUUUCAUGAAAGGAGGAUUGGGCAUUGAACCAUACAGUGGAGAGUUAUCCAAGGGAGAAUGGUGUGUCAGAAAUCGAAGGUUUGAUGGAAACAGAGAACCUCAACUUCUAACCAAAAAACAGAGUGAAGACUCUCUGAAUGUAACUCUUUCCAGUGUUUUGUGUUGUAGAAUGCGUGAGGGAUAUUUUGUUAAGUCUGUUUACUUGAAAGAUGAAGCAGUGGAUCUAUGCCUAGUGUUGCCGUGGUCAAAUCACAUCUAUAUAGAAUAUUAUGUGUCCAGUGACUGGCCUCCGACUGAAUCAGUUCGCUAUGCCAUCUCAAUUAAAGCACCUUACGAAUUUCUACACGACAUCACGUGCCUUAUAAAGAAGCCAUUCCACUCACCCUACAGACAAGCCGUUGUUUCAAGGUUCUGGUCAACUUUGAAAACUUUGAAUCAUGCAGAUUUGUUGUUGUCCCAUUUGGACUCGUUUGAGAACAAUCCGGCUACCUACACGUUACCUGAUAGUAUCCGAAGUGGAAUGCCUUUGUUCUACUUGCCUUCUGACUCCUCACAACCGGUCCUAUCGUCAAAUGAUAUCGGCUGUCCCCAGUUCGCGCAUUUUUGGCGGCUGAUAAGUGCGCUGGACCCCGGAGUUUGGCAGAAAUACCUGCACACGCAUCGCUUGGGUGUGGUGCUCACUCACGACAGACCAUUGCCACAAUUCCUGCACACGCCCAAUCCCAACGGUCGCUUCCAGUCUGUCCAGUGUCGCUAUGCGGCCUCCACACUCUUCAACUUCCUCAAGGACUGGACAAGUUUCGUGCUCAUCGAAAACCAUUCUUAUAUCAAAUUUAUCACGCCUAGCGAAAGUUAUGACAAAGUACAAACAUGGUUCUUCAUCAUACGUGUUACCUCCAAGCCACCAUGUGUUGUUCUGCAUGUCGCAUUUCUUGGAAAUACCCCUGGAUACCUCAGAAAUUUGGCGAUUGAAACACUCAAAGAAAAAUUGAAUGAACUGAAAUUUCCAAUACGUCCCACUAAGAAGGAACACAGACAAACGUCAAGGAAAGAGACAAAUGUCGGAGAUCAGCAACAACAGAUGACUGAAUGUUGUAUGCUGUUGAAAAAGCCACUGGAGAAAAUGCUAAUCAGGUACGAAAGAAUGCCCUCUGAAUUCGGAACAGUGGUAUUCCCUGAUGGCACGCAGCCAUUGAUUGCAGCGAAACCUUUGCGCCCAGCCAGUAGCCUUGUGACAACUCUGUCGCGGUACUUGUAUCACAGGAGAUGGGUGUGGUCAGCCUCUGCUCGCCCUGGAACAAGCUACUCUUUUGGGCGAGCUCCUUUGGCCAGGCUUCUAGCCAAUCUUACCAGAAUGAGGUUGGAUGAAGGAUUCAGAUUUGCACAUUCUACUGCUGGAAUCAUUAACAUGGUUCUUGAAGUCAAUAUGAAGUGUUUUGAUGAAGGCACUAGGAAAACAGACAUCCUUCCUUGUGUGAUACAGUAUGUUCUGUUCCCACCUCAUACUGUAUUUGUCACAUCUAAAACUGAGAACUCGGAUGACGAAGGAGCGGGAGAGGGAGCCGAAGAAGAUCAGAGUGAAUUGCACGUGGAACUGAUCUCGGAGUGUUGGAUCGAACCACAACAUGGCGUCGUCACCCGAUCACCACCCAACAGAUUCUACAUGGAAAAUCUCCGCUACUAUCAACUAGCUGAUGUGAUGUGGUGGAAUGAUGCCGAGUGUAUAUCAUCGCUGCUGACAUUUGAGCAUCUCAGACUAAUGUGCCAGGAUUCAUCAGUGGUUAUACCAGAGCCGAUAACACUCAAGACCAUUCCAAAUCCUCUCGAGAAAUGGCCAAACGCUGUUGCCCUGGCUGAUGAGAGAAUACAAAAAGUGCCAUUCGCUUACAAUCUGAUGAAUAUCCUUCCAAAAUGUCAGCAAGCACAGAUUCUCUUCUCUCUCUUCAUCCAAGAACUAGUUGGGAAUGUAGAAACUAAGACUUCAGCCGAUACGCCCAACUGCCUUCUCAUGGAAACGUUCUAUGAAAACUUGAAAGACCUACAUGAUCGAGAUAUGUGUCUAUCGAAAGAAGACUCAAAAAAACUAAUCGACUUGAUCAUACAAAGAGAGAAAGAUAAUGUAUCACUAGCAGAGGAAGUGAAAGAAUUUUCAGAGGGAUCAACCAGCAAGACAGGAUCGAACGAAGCUCUGGAAGUGCCGAUGAUAGGAGAUUGGAAGCGGAUGAUAUGUUGGGCGACUGGAGAUGGUGACCCGGAGGCGGAUACCAGGAGACCACAGCUGCACCACUCUUGGCAGAGACGGCAAAAAGCAGUCGGUGCAAGUGCAAGUGCAAAUACUCCGCCAGUGCCAGUCCAGUGGAAGUGCUUUGUCAAAGCGCUUUCCUCGUCUCGGUGCAUCCUCACACUGGUUCCAGCUUCAUUUCAGGAUGUAAAGGUGCUAGCCGAUUUCUCUGAAGAGUUUCCGGCGUCACGUCUGCGCGCCAACUCGUGGGACAUGAUGCGCCAAUCGACCGCCUCGAUUCGAGCUAGAACCAGUUCGGUGGGGGCACGUGUGACUAGUCGCACAGGUGACACGUGUGGCACUAGUGACACGUGUAGCACUAGCAGGCACUCCAUCACACUGCCUCUAUUCGUCUACGACUGCCUGGUCAGCAACCUCAUCGAUGCCAACUCGGUCAAAACCGGAAAUGACAUUUUCAUCGACAAGACUAACGAAACUGCCGAUGAUCCAAGUAGUGAGAGGGACUCUGACAAUUCCGAUAUCACUUUGGAGGAGCUCAGCCUGAGAGAACAUUGUAAAAUGGUGAUGCAAUCAUUCAAUAAUGCAUUUGUCGUGUCAUUGUUCAAAUCUCUACGCUUGGGCAAUAGCAUACAUGCAGUUGAUGUUAAAACAGCCGUAGAGGAGUGUGAAGAAUCAUCUGUCGAAAUUGAUAUCACUAAUUAUUUGAAGACGGUGUGUGGACAUUUGAAGGAAUUAUUUGCCGAAAAUCAAGUCGAAAACACUGACAGUGACGUCUUACUAUCCGUUUUCAAACAUCCUGGGCCCUGCUUGGACUACAAACAUUUGCACAAACUUAUCAAAAAUAAAUUCCUGAGAAUACUGACUGCAUCCUUCAAAGCUGUGUCAUCUGAUCCCAAGUAUUACUUCUGCUCGCCCAUGUGGGAAAGGGACCGACAGAAUUGUAGUAAUCAGAAGAAGAGAAAUGCACAAAAAUCGCAAGAAACCGCUACUAAAAAUCUUAAGGUUGUGUCGACCCCGUUCGGACAUGACGAUUCCUUAAGAGUGCUGGAGUCAUCUAAUGAGUUUGAUAGUCUGCAUUUCACAGCCGAUAUAUCUGAUUUACGAUGUGAUCAAAUCAGUAUGCAUGGUCAGAGUGGUUGGGAGGGUGUGGCUAACAAUUGUGUAACAACACCUGACGAUGCCAGAACAUCUCUGAUAGCCAACAUGGAUUCCGAUAGUAUAAGCAAUUUUCCAGAUGACGAAUCGGUCGAAGAAGUUUCUCCACUUUUCUUGCAUUUGGACUGUUCUCUCAAUUCUGCAGGAGACAGUAACAAUUGCACUGUCAAAAUAAUACCGACAUGCUUAAACGAACUGCUAGAUGUGGACAACAACAAACUGGAAAAGUUGAACUUGAGCGACAUGAAAGUGGUGUUGCGAUUGGUGCUCACCGCCAAAACCAGUACUCAGCCUCCUCUCAGCCAACCAGCGACCACCACGGACACCAGUACACCGCAACUGCACCACCUGCCUGACAACCAGCAAAAGGCGGUGGCACAGUGUGUCAAGGAAAUCGAAUGGCUCAUGCACGAUGAGAUAGCCGCCUUCAUGUUGGAUGUAGUUCCGGUCUCUCAGGAAACGCUGCAAUUUGUGUCACAUCACGUCGAGACUUCUGUGAAUCGUCCCAGCUGCCUGCACCAACUAGUGCCUUUGAAGUUUGUCUUCGGUCUUGAACACAGUAUGGGUUGCUUCCUCAAG